AGCAGUGCUCUGUGUGUGUGCAUGUAAGCAGCUGGGGAGUGUAACAGCAGAUGCUCGCCUGCACUAAGCUGAUUUACUUGUUUAAGAUCUGACCUCAUCAUUCUGUCAGAAUGGAUUCCCACCUAUACAGUUAGGCAGAGCUUUGCAGAAGUGUUCACGGCACACAGGAAACAAACAGAGAGGAAAGAAGGAAUACCAGCUCGCGUGUGAGUCUUUUCUCUUUUGGGGGUUAAGAGAAGACACUGAAACAGAGGAGAGAAACAGACUCCAUUUCCUUUCUGGAACAAGGGUUUUUUGUGCUUGCUUGUGUGUUUCUCUCUCCCUCUUUCCCUUAACCUGCAAAAAUGUCCGUGUCUGGAAAAAAGGAAUUUGAUGUGAAACAGAUCUUGAGGCUUCGCUGGAGGUGGUUUAGUCACCCUUCGCAGAGUUCCACAGGCACCGGAGGUUGCCUACAGCAGGAAGGAUAUGAGCAUAGAGGCACACCGGUUCAGAACAGGCUGAAGAGCCACUCGCGGGACAGAAAUGGGCUGAAGAAAAACAACAGCCCAAUCCAUCACAACAUCUUGACACCGGUGCCCGGCCCGACCCCGGUACACCACCGACCGAUUCAAACCUGGCAUGAACAAAGCCUCAUUGAACAUCUGCAGGCAACUGAGCACAUGCCAGAAGCUGGCACAGAAGAGAACUGUGAGAAAGACCAGUUGCACAAACACACACAGGACCCGCAGAUGAUCACAGAAGAUCACAGUGAUGAGUCCAUCGAGAGGGUGUCGAUAAGCAGCUCCUCCCCUCCUUCAGGGGUGAACACCAAUGGAUCAGACGAAUAUUUCCAUUCUGCGAAUCAUGCCGAGCAGACAUUCCGCAAGAUGGAGAAUUAUCUGCAGCAGAAGCAGCUCUGCGAUGUUCUCCUCAUUGCUGGAGAUCACAGGAUUCCUGCUCACAGGUUAGUUUUGAGUGCCGUGUCUGACUAUUUUGCUGCGAUGUUUACCAACGAUGUCCGUGAAGCAAAAGAAGAGGAAAUCAAAAUGGAAGGUGUGGAUCCUGAUGCACUGCAAGCACUUGUGCACUAUGCCUACACGGGUGUCUUGGAACUCAAGGAAGACACCAUCGAAAGUUUGCUGGCUGCGGCUUGCCUCCUUCAGCUUUCGCAAGUGAUUGAUGUUUGCUGCAACUUUCUCAUGAAGCAGCUUCACCCUUCAAACUGCUUAGGGAUUCGGUCCUUUGGAGAUGCUCAGGGAUGCACUGAACUCUUGCGGGUGGCACAUAUGUAUACCAUGGAACAUUUCACCGAAGUAAUAAAGAAUCAGGAAUUUCUCUUGCUGCCGGCCAGCGAAAUUGCUAAACUCCUGUCCAGUGAUGACAUCAAUGUUCCCGAUGAAGAAGCCAUAUUCAAGGCCUUGAUGAUGUGGGUUUGGCACGACCUGCAGAACAGGCAGAGAGAGCUUGGGAUGCUUCUCUCCUAUAUAAGAUUGCCCCUGCUUUCUCCACAGCUACUAGCUGAUCUGGAGAACAGUCCCAUGUUCACCAAUGACCUGGAGUGCCAGAAACUUCUCAUGGAAGCCAUGAAGUAUCACCUCCUGCCAGAGAGGCGGUCUAUGAUGCAGAGCCCUCGUACCAAGCCGAGGAAAUCCACUGUGGGCUCCCUUUAUGCUGUGGGCGGCAUGGAUGCUACCAAAGGGACGACAACCAUUGAGAAAUACGACUUGAGGACAAACAGCUGGGUACAAAUGGGGACGAUGAAUGGGAGGCGACUGCAGUUCGGGGUCGCUGUGAUUGACAACAAGCUCUACAUUGUGGGAGGGAGAGAUGGCUUGAAAACAUCCAACACAGUGGAAUGUUUCAACCCGGUAUCCAAAGCCUGGACCGUGAUGCCUCCCAUGUCAACUCAUAGGCAUGGCUUGGGCGUAGCAAUGCUUGAAGGGCCAAUGUAUGCUGUUGGUGGCCACGACGGGUGGAGCUACCUCAACACAGUUGAAAGGUGGGACCCCCAGGCACGGCAGUGGAACUACGUUGCCAGCAUGGCGACACCUCGGAGCACAGUGGGGGUUGCAGCACUGAACAGCAAGUUGUAUGCUGUUGGCGGACGAGAUGGCAGCUCUUGCCUGAAAUCCAUGGAAUGUUUUGAUCCUCACACCAACAAAUGGAGCAUGUGUGCAUCGAUGUCAAAGCGGAGAGGAGGAGUUGGAGUUGCAACUUACAAUGGGUUCCUAUAUGCUGUGGGAGGCCAUGAUGCUCCAGCUUCAAAUCACUGUUCUCGACUUUCGGAUUGUGUAGAAAGAUAUGAUCCCAAAACAGAUACCUGGACUACAGCAGCGCCUUUGAGUGUGCCUCGUGAUGCUGUGGGGAUUUGUCCUCUUGGAGAUAGACUAUAUGCAGUGGGUGGCUAUGAUGGACACACAUACCUGGAUACGGUAGAAUCCUAUGAUGCCCAAAACAAUGAAUGGACAGAGGAGGUUCCAGUCAACAUAGGAAGAGCCGGAGCUUGUGUUGUAGUUGUAAAACUACCGUGAUGGAUGUGAUAAGAUAUGAAGCAACAUAUGAGCCCAGCUCCAAGUAGCAGCAUGGCAGAACAGGACAAAACAUGUUCCUGAACACAGUGUAAACAGCUUCCAUUACCGAAGGGGAGACAAAAGGAUGAGCCGGGGUGGGGUCUGAACAUGAACAUAGCAUUGAUCUGCAUCCCAAAGACAAACUCAGCAGAAGUUUUCUCGUCGUGGUGAAGUUAACCUCAGUUCACAGAGAGGAACUGAUUAUUCAUUGUGCUUAAACAAAAAAAAUCAUCAUUUUAAGCCAGGGUAACUCCAUUUCAGUGUGAAGGGAAGCCAGAUUGUACAGGUGAAAUGAAACUUGCAUAUUUGCAUAUAAUAGCUCAUUUUGUGGAAUUCAUUCAUUCUCUAUGACAUAUUGGAAGAAGAACCACAAUGAACCCUUAAGAACCAUCACACAAUAACUGGACGUCCUUGGUAUCAAGAAACAGUGGCCACUUAUUUCCAAGAAUGACAUAGGCAGAAGAUCUGAUUGGACCCUUCAUUACAUCACGUGAUGAAAUCAGUGGUUAUCAUUUCAGC